AUGGCGAUCAAAUUUGUGCUUUGUUUGAAUAAGCAGGGAGCGCUUCGACUGAUCCGACUUUUUGAACCGUUCCCCGGCGAGUCCUCCAACAAUCAAUCGACAAUAGCACAGAUAUACAAGUUGAUCUCGUCCAGAGACCAUCGACACCAGAGUAAUUUCGUCGAAUUUUCAGACUCGACAAAGCUCGUGUAUAAGAGAUAUGCGGGGCUUUAUUUUGUGCUUGGGAUAGAGCUCGAAGAUGAAGAAGUGAUAUAUCUAUCAUACAUACACCUUUUCGUGGAGGUGCUGGAUGCCUUUUUUGGCAAUGUUUGUGAGCUGGAUCUUGUAUUCAACUUCCACAAGGCAUACAUGGUGCUGGAUGAGCUGCUUAUUGGUGGGGAAAUACAGGAAACUUCAAAACUAGUACUGCUGGAGCGGGUCAACUAUUUGGAUAGGCUAAAUUAA